AUGGAAUAUCAUAAACCAAACAUAUAUUUAAUAGCCAUUGUGGAUGUAUUAUUGAUCAUACUAUCAUGUGCCACGUGGACAAUUGAGGCGACCACAGUGGAUUGUCCAACUGUCACUCAGAUGUUGAACACGUGUUCAGUGUUCAUUAGCUAUGGUUCACCGGACCCACUACCGGAUUCGCCAUGUUGUAAUGCAGUUAUGGGCUUGAGUAAUAUGAGUGAUUCAGGAGAGAAUAGGCGGUCCACAUGUAAAUGUAUAAUGGGCCUGAUUGCUGCUUAUAGUCCUGAUGCCACUUCUAUUGCUACUUUACCGGGCUUUUGUGGAGUUUCUUUGGGCUUUACUAUUGAUCCAAAUACAAACUGUGAUAUACUGAUAUGAUUAUUCAACCGGAAAAGUAACGAUUUGGGUGCUAAAUAAGGAGCUUUAGGUUCUUGUAAGGUUUCUAUUCUUACAAAGAUUUUGAAGGCAUUACUAUUUCACAAAUUCUUCUAUAACACAGUUUUACUAUAAGAAGCGCUUUAUAUUUAGAUUGAAUAGUUCAAUCAAUAUAAAUU